AUGUCCGUCGCUGCUCAAUCUUUCCGUGACAUCCUUGGAGCUCCCCGCUCCUCGGCUUCCCCGCAGGACUCAACCCUCAUCAUCAUCGACGCCCAGAACGAAUAUAUCACAGGAGCCUUGAAGACCGAAAAGGUCUCCGAAACCCGCAAGUCUAUCUUCAACCUCCUUGAGAAAUACCGCCAGGGCGGAAACGGCAAGAACAUUGUGCACGUUGUCCACGAGGUCCCCGAGGGCGCGCCCGUCUUCACGCCUAACACCACGCUGGCACAAGAAUUCGAAGAGCUCACCCCCAAAGCGGGCGAGAAGGUUGUGACCAAGCACUUCCCCAACUCUUUUGCAAAGACCGAUCUCCACGAAUACUUGCAAGGUCUGGGAGAUGUCGGAAAGAAGGUCGUCUUGGUUGGCUACAUGGCGCAUGUCUGUAUCUCUACCACUACACGUGCGGCCGCAGAGCUUGGAUAUGACCCCAUUGUUGUGAAGGAGGCGGUGGGUGAUCGCAACAUUCCCGGUGCCGAUGCUGAGACUUUGGUGUCGGUUGCGCUGGCCGAGUUGGCAGACGCUUUUGCGACCGUCGCUUCUAAGAAGGAGAUUGGCGCAUAG